GGUUGCGAAGCGAAUAAAGUUACCUUCUCUCCUAAUUCAGGCAAACGUAGCGAGCAAACAGCUCGAACGGGCAGCACAAUGGCGGACGAUCAAUCGUGGAAGACGAACAAUUUUCGGCAAAGUGUGGUAAACAAGAUCAAUGAGGCGAUCCAGCAAACAGGAAUGACCUCAUCGAAAAAUGGCAUCGAGAUGGAAAACCACGUCUUCCACAAGGCCCGCAACAAGGACGAGUACCUUGGCUUCGUGGCCCGACUGAUUUUGCACGUCCGCGAGAUGAACAGCAAACAUAAGAACCAGCAAAAUGCGGCGGCUGCAGCCGCAGCGGCGGCGGCCGCCCAGCAGGAAGGAUCUAACACUAACCAGCAGGGCGGUGGAGGCAUGCCGGAUCCGAUCAAUGCACUGCAAACACUGGCAUCGCAGGGAACGCGCCCGCAGAUGAUGGGCCAGAUGGGUCCCGGCGGACCGAUGGGUGGGCAGAUGGGAGGUGGGAAUGCCUCCAACUUGUUGCACUCGCUGCGCCCGCAACUGCAGAUGGGAGGGAUGGCAGCCAUGCAGGGUGGUAACCGGGUCGGGAUGGGACCGGGCCCCAACCAGAUGGGGGCCAUGAUGCAAAACCAGAUGCAGGGACCGGGACCGGGCGCCGGAAUGGGAGGCAUGCCAGGCCAGAUGGGAGUGAUCGGACCGGGCGGCAUGGGCGGUGGUAAAAUCGUCGGAAUGGGUGGCCAACAGCAGCAACAACAGAUGGCACAACUAAGUGCGAUGCAGGUGAACCAAAUGCAGGCGGCCCAGGCAGCCCAACAGCAGCAACAGCAGCAGCAGGGUGGCAUGGGGCAGGGCCAGGGCCCUGGUGGAGUCCAGCAGAUGGGCGUCGUCCCGGGAGGGCCGAACCAGAUGAAUCCGAUGGUGAUGGGACAGAUUCAGGCGCAGCUUCAGAACCAGAACACAAUGGGAGCACAACAGAUGGGUGCCGUCGGUAUCAAUGCCGGCAACCAGAUGGGCCCGAUGGGUGGCAACGCCGGUAUGAAUCCGCAGGGCAUGGCAGGGAUGGUCCGUCAGCAAAUGCCCCAGGGUGUCAACCCGAAUCAGGUGCAGAUGGGGCUUGGCCCCGGGCAGAUGGGACAACUCGGACCAGGCGUUCAAGGUGUGGGCCCGGGUGGUCCGGGACCGAACAUGGGACAGCAGGUUGUCAGUCAGCAGCAGGUGCAUCAGCAACUUCAGCAGCAACAUCAGCAACAACUCCAGCAGCAGCAGCUCCAGCAGCAACAUCAGCAACAACUCCAGCAGCAGCAGCAGCAACAGCAACAACAACAGCAACAGCAACAGCAACAACAGCAGCAGCAACAACAACAACAACAACACCAGCAAAUGCCACAACAGCAUCCUCAGCAUCAGCAGCACCCGCAGCUCCACGCCCAGCAUCAGCAGCUCCAACAGCAGCACCAGCAACAAGUGCUGCUGGGACAGGGUGGUCCGAUUGGAGGUCCGAUGGGCGGUCCCAUCGGUGGCCCGGGCGGUCCGGGUGUUCCGAUGCAAGUGCAAGCGCAGGCCAUGCAACAGCAACAACAAGCGGGCGCCAUGGGACCGAACGUCGGUGGACCGAACCAGAUGAACCCGGUAGCAAUGGGUCCCGGCCCCGGAGGAGUAAUGUCCGGUGGGCAAAUGGUCGGUGCACAGGGUAACUUUGUCGGUAUGGGCGGAAAUCCGAUGGUGCGCAAGCCACAGGACAUGAUGCCUGGUGGAAACGUGUAUCCCGGUGGAGGGGCCGGGGUACGGAGUGUGACGCCAAACAACUUCCUACGCCAAUCACCGUCACCAUCCGUGCCGUCACCGGCUGGACCGGGGGCACACGGGCCCCAAUCGCAUCCGGGGCAGAUGAUUCCCAGCCCAGCACUGAUCCCUUCGCCCAAUCCGCACCCGAUGGGAAGCGUCCCGCAGCGUUCCACCAUCGGCCAGUCGCCGGGCACAUCGCUCAACACUCCCGGGCAGCCGGGCGGAGCGGUCCCGAGCCCCUUGAACGCUCAGGACGAGCAGCUGUACCGCGAAAAGUACCGCUCGCUGACCAAGUACAUCGAACCACUGAAGCGCAUGAUCGCCAAGAUGGAGAAUGAUGAUAUUGACAAGAUUGCGAAAAUGAAACGGUUGCUGGAGAUCCUGUGCAAUCCCAGCGUGCGCAUUCCACUGGAAACGCUGCACAAGUGCGAAGCGGCCCUCACUAGCCAGCUCGGGUCAAUUCGCGAGACGCCAACCAACAACCCGCUGGUGGAGGCUGUCUCUAGCAGCUUGCAGAACGCCACCGGUAACCACACGCUGCAGCGGACCUUUCGCCCCUGUCUGGAGGCAUUGUUCGGACCGGACAUCAAGAACCUGCCACCACCGGCCAAGCAACCACGAUUGGGCCCUGGUGCUGGUGGCGGCAGUGCUGAAGAUUCGUCUUCCGGACCGGUGGCUGGAACCGGUGCUGGUGCCCAGGGCAGUGGGUCGACUACUAGCACUGGAACCACUGGCAACACGGGCAGCACCAGCACGACUGGCCCUAGCGCUAGUGGUGCCAGUGGUACGGCCAGUCAGGAAAUUCCGCACAUUCUGCAAGGCGAAAUCGCUCGGCUUGAUCAAAAGUUCAAAGUGUCGCUCGAUCAGUGCGCCCUUGGUGGCAGCAAAACGAUCAAGCUGAUCUGUUGGUUGGACGACAAGAAUCUGCCGUGCGUACCACCGGUCGCGGUCACCAUCCCGGACGACUAUCCGUUCACGUCGCCAAGCUGCUCGCUGAUCGAACAGGAGUACAACGCGACGCCGUUCCUCAUCUUGGUGCAGCGUUCGUUUAUGGCGCGCAUCUGCAAACUGCCGGCCCUCUUCACCUUGUCGCAUCUGCUGGACACGUGGGAGAUGUCGGUGCGUCAGGCCUGUUCGCCCAACCCGACCAUCGUUGCACCGACCACCACAAGCGUCCUCCUAGGGAUGUAAUCGUGGUCCCUCGGCCGCUCUGCAGACGAUUGCCUCCUGU